GGCAGUGGGCUCACUUGAUUGCAGAUCUGAGAUAUGUGUGCGUGCCGCAACAAGAGGUCAUUUGGAACGCGGAUGGUGGAGAAACACGCACAGCGCACGCUUGUUGGAAUCCGCGCCCAUAGCCUAUAUUCGCUCUUUCCUAUCCGUGACAGAGGCUGCAAAAAUGACGAUCAAGAAAAGUAAAACCGUCGUUUUUGAAAGACGUGCAGGGGAUUUAACUGCGUUGUAUUGUAUGAAUGAUUGGGUGGUUGCAGUGGUGUUGGCUAUUAUUGUUAUGAUGUCUGUAUGGGCUGCACUCAUCAUAUACAGAUAUAUACAGACAGAGAGAGGUAAAAGAAGAAGAAAGGUUGAUGACGACACUAUUUUGGAAACUGAAAAGGACGAAAAUGAGACGACAAACGAAGAAAAAAUACUGUCCUGUGUCGAGUCAACAGAGGAGGGUGAAGACGAGACGCUGGAGAGCUGGGAUGGAGAGGAAUGGAGGAGAGAGCCAAUGGAAUGGAUUCCAACAACCAGUGAGAAUGUAGAACCCUUUGAGGAGAUCCCAACAAUACCCAAUGAGGAUGUAGAACCCAUUGAGGGGAUCUCAGCAACAACCAAUGAGGAUAUAGAACCCAUUGAGGGGAUACCAACAACCAAUGAAGGUGUAGAACCCAUUGAGGGGAUCCCAACAACCAAUGAGGAUGUAGAAACCAUUGAGGGGAUCCCAACAACCAAUGAGGGUGUAGAACCCAUUGAUGGGAUCCCAACAACCAAUGAGGGUGUAGAACCCAUUGAGGGGAUCCCAACAACCAAUGAGGGUGUAGAACACAUUGAGGGGAUCCCGACAAUAACCAUUGAUGAGAUAGAACCCAUUACAAGGAUUCGAACAACAACCAAUGAGGAUCUAGAACCAAUUAGAUGGAACCGAACAGCAACCAAUGAGGAUCUACAACCCAUUAGACGCAUCCGAACACUAACCAAUGAGGAUCUAGAACCAAUUAGACGGAACCGAACAGCAACCAAUGAGGAUCUACAACCCAAUAGACGCAUCCGAACACUAACCAAUGAGGAUCUAGAACCAAUUAGACGGAACCGAACAGCAACCAAUGAGGAUCUACAACCCAUUAGACGGAUCCGAACAACAACCAAUGAGAGCGAUGGUCCUUACACGUGGGAGUCAUAUGCUGAGUGGCAGAUUGUUGAGGAGUUUCACCUUGGCUCUCAACCUCAAGAGCACUGUGAAGGCACAUGUCAGCACUAUGACGGUUUAUGUCAGGUCUGUGGAGGCUUGUGUCAUUGCAGUGAAUGCUUAUGUCAGUUCUACGAAGGCUUAUGUCAGGACGACGCCGAAUCCCAGACUGACCGGACCGUGGGUCAAGAGGAGCAGGCUUCUACCAGUCACUAUUCCCUCAGUGACAUAAACUAUCAAUCUGGACAUGAGAAGGACAAAGAUGUGUAUAACCAGGACGAGGAGGAUUUGAAGGAAGUUGAACUGAGUGAUGAUUGUCAAUGUGAGAGCACAGAGGAGGAGGUAAACCAUCCACAUGCCUUUGCCAUCAAGCCUCAGAGAGAUCUGGAAGAGCUCAAUGAAAAUCUCCCUGGCAUGAUAUUGACUGACACUGACCUUGAAGAACCUGACCGUGUGUGUUAUACAGAGAUACAGGAAGUACAAUACACAGAUGAUGACAUGACCAGCCAUGUUGUCUUUUACAACGAAGAGAGGCCGGAGAUGACAUUGACUGACACUGAACAUGCGUCGGAUAAAGAAAGAGAGGAAGUAGAAUAUCCGGAUGACGAUAGACACAGCCAUGUUGCUUUUGCCAAAGUCCAGGAAAGUGAAAAUCUACCUGAUAUGAAAUUGACUAACACUGACCGGAUAGAACCGGAACAUGUGUAUGAGGUGGAGAGAGAGGAAGUAGAAUAUCCAGAUGAGGUAAUCACUGAAGGUCCAGAACACCCCAGUGAAAACAUCCCAGAGAUAUUGAGUGACACUGACCUCCAACAACCUAGCAAUUUAUGUGAAGAAGAAACACAGGAAGUAGAAUGUACAAGUAAUUAUAUGGACGGCCAGGUUGCCUUUGUCAGCGACACUCAGGAACCAGAACAUCCCAGUGAAAACAUCCCAGAGAUAUUGAGUGACACUGACCUCCAACAACCUAGCAAUUUAUGUGAAGAAGAAACACAGGAAGUAGAAUGUACAAGUGAUUAUAUGGACAGCCAGGUUGCCUUUGUCAGCGACACUCAGGAACCAGAACAUCCCAAUGAAUAUCGACCUGACAUAUUGACUGACACUAAGACUAAAGAACUUGACCAUGUGUGUGAUUCAGAGAUACAGGAAGUGGAAUACCCAGGUGCUGACAUGACCAGCCAUGUGCCGUCAGUCUCUGAUAGGACAGUAGAAGACGAUAUGAAAGAAGCUAUGGUAGAGGAUCUUGACAUGGACGCUAUGGUAGCGGAUCUUUGGAGGAAGGACUGUCUACUUCAUGACUAUGUCAUUGACGGGUUGAGCCAGCCAACCGAUGUUAGAGACACACAUGUGGCUGAGAGGAAAGCAGACAUCGUUGAUGAUAACAGCAAGGACACGCGUGUAGAGGAGGAGAGGAAAAGAAAGAGUGAUGAUACACGGAUAGAGGAGAGUUAUGAGAAAGUUGAAAUUAACAUAAUGGAAGCCACGAUGGACUAUAAUGAAUGGAUGACAGUCAGCGGCGCAGAGGACAACAGUGACUCCCCAUGGGUGAGGACAAGCCACUCGUCCAUCGAAUGCUCUUCUGCCGAGGCGGAGCAUCAUCCCACAGAAACGCAUCACAAUUCAGAUGAUCCAACGGUGGCUGACGCAACCGCAUUCAAGGAGGUCGAAGAAACGGGAACUAAACCUGUAUCGCCAGAUGGAGACCUGCGUAGGAAUAAGAAGAUGACGGCUGUGCUUCCUAUCGAACCCAAGACUGUACGGGUGAGGUUCUGUGUCCACUACCGUACCCAGUCUCCCUGGCAGGAGCUGGCUGUGACAGGGAACCAGCAGGAGCUGGGGAGCUGGACGGGCUUCGUUCCACUGGAGAGAGCCCAGGACGGGUUCUGGGCCAGCUGGGUCGUCCUCCCCGCGGAGAAGCAGGUGGAAUGGAAGUUGGUGCUGGUGGAAGAUGGAGAGAUCCUACGCUGGGAGGAGGGUGGUAAUAGACACCUGGAGACAGGUUGGGGUGGUGGAGAGGUGUAUCUCAACGAGUGGUGGGGCAGCCUCUGAGUGACAGGUUCCUACUGGGCACCAACUGGUUGGAACAACACCGUUCUUCACAAAAAUAUAUAUAUCAAUGUGAUAAUGUUGAAUCGAUGUGGAAAAAUAAUUUGAUUUGCAAAAAACGUAAAGUAAUUUUGACAUUUUUUAAAAUAUUUUCUUACCCAAUUGUUAACCGAAAUCCUAUAACAAACACAGUUUGCAUGUUUGGAGAUUUGAAAACUAGACGUUGAAAUGACACCUGUGCCCAGUGGGGCAGCCUCUCUGUGCCCAGUGGGGAAGCCUCUGAGUGAUAAGGAGGGAAUGGCACUACAAUUCCCAUUUCCAUACUAGCAUACUACUUAGAAUGCAUAGCCAUUUUAACAUUUUACUGGCGCUAGGGGUCAUAUAUAUGUAUGUGUGUGUGUGUGUGUGUGUGUGUGUGUAUAUACAGUGGGGAGAACAAGUAUUUGAUACACUGACGAUUUUGAAGGUUUUCCUAC